AUGCACACGCAUUUUGCGCUCGAAUCCGACACAAAGGCAAAGAAAUUUGUAGAAUUUUUAACGAAGCAUUGAAAAGCAAAGACGCGUUUUACAUAAAAGUGCUUAAAAUCGUGUAUUUUAAUCGAUUUUUGAUCCAAUUGAUUGCUGACAAGAAGCAAAAUAAUUGUGAAGAGCUUUUGAAGAAAAUAUUGCUUGCAAAAAACAACAAAAUGUCGCUAUUUGGCUCAUUAAUGGGAGAUUUCGAUGAUGACCUUUUCAUGGGCAAUCACAUGAAUGCAAUGAAUAUGCAAAUGCGCUCGAUGAAUCGUUUAAUGAAUUCACUCAUGCCCGAUCCAUUCAAUAUGCUGGCACCUUUCGAUUCAGGCUUCCAACAGAAUGCGCUCAUGGAACGUGGCAAUCCACAUGCUGGUAAUCCGAUGGGCGGUCUUUUUGGUUUUCCACCAAUGCCAAAUAUAAAUCGCCUACUCAGCGCAGGAAAUAUCGGCUCUCCGAAUGGCCCCUCUUAUUGCUCCAGCUCAGUUAUCACAAUGUCCUCUGGCCCCGAUGGUCGUCCACAAAUCUAUCAGGCUACAUCUAGUACAAAAACUGGACCCGGUGGCAUACGUGAGACACGCAAAACAGUUGAAGAUUCAAGGCGUGGUAUGAAGAAAAUGGCUAUUGGACAUCACAUUGGCGAACGUGCGCAUAUAAUUGAAAAAGAGCAGGACUUGCGUUCCGGCCAAUUGGAGGAGCGUCAAGAAUUUAUAAAUUUAGAGGAAGAUGAUGCAGAGGAUUUCGAUCGUGAAUUCACCAACCGCGCUCGCCAGAGUGGAGUGCGUGGGGCGCGUCCACAAGAGAUGAUCACAAUUGAAUCUGCUGACGAUGAUGAUGAUAUGCGUCCUCGUCAUUAUAGCAGAUAUGUUGGCAGUGGUGGACAUAAUCGCAGACAAUUGCCAGCAUUGCCCGCACCACCACAGCACCACAAUAGCUCUCCGUUGUCCAAUUCGUCAUCGGUUGAUUCGUUGAACUCCACAACCAAUUCGAACAACAGCAACAAAAACAACACCACUACCAAUCACAGCAACAGCAACGACACUUUGUCUACGAAGCGCGAAAAAGCUACUACAAACAGCAAUAGCAAUAACAACAAUAGCUACUUGACAUCGAAUGCUACACGUCGCUCCCCAGCUGCUGGCGGUUAUCAUCACCAUCACCGUGGCAUUACAGCUCGCCGUCCAUUGCGUACGCCACUAUCAUCGCCACUUGCCACCACGCCGACCAAUUAUCAUAACAGCUCAGCGGCAACGACAAGCGUACAUCCCCAUCCCUAUAAUGCUUCGGCCGCACGCCGUAAUUAUCGCUCCAAACAUACCAAACAACAUCAGCAGCCACAUCAACCACAAGCGCUAACCAUUACUGAGAUAAUCGACGACGAUGAGGAUGAUGAGGUGGAGCAGCAGACAGCAGCACCAACAGUAACCGUGGAGGAGGAGGAUGAUGAUGCAGCAGCAGCACCAGCUGCAGUAGCAUCAGAUCACGCAACAGCAACAGUCAUUAAUCCAGCAGCCACAGCUGCAGCUAAUAAAACAGCAGCUACAAAAUCACACAGAUCGAAUCAUUAAAACCAUUAAACAAAUUUAAAUAUGUAUACAUUUUGCGCGUGAUAGAUUGAUUUGAUAUUGCUGUUGGCGUACGGAGUUGUAGUUAUUUUUUGAUGAAGAUUUUGAGCUGCAAAAAUUCUUAGUUAUGUGGUAGUUGGAAACCAUCAGGGGAAGAAAAGGAGCCAAACCGUAAUGAGGAGUUCAAGCGUAUUUUUUAGAAUUGUAAGCAAACCGGGCAAAACAAAAAAUAACAUAGUAAAACAGAAGAGAAAGAAACAAUCUUAAAAUUAUAUUUUCGCGACACAUCAUUUCUAUGUAAUAAGUACUGUAUUAAUAAUUACUACACUUUAAUGCUGCUGCGUGCGUGCGCCUAUAAAUAAGCGAAUUUUGAGAUGUGUGUUUUUCUGCUAUUCGCACAAUGCGCAUUCUAAAGAAGUUGAUGAUUUAUGAAAGCAAAAUAUGUAGGGGAGACCUAUUGAAAAAGAAAAAUCGAAUUAUUUGUAUGAUUGAAUUUGCAACAAUGAGUCUCUCAAGCUUGGCUGGUAUAGCGUAGCUGCUGCUCAACUAUAUACGAUUCUAAUACAAAUUACACAUUUUAGAAAGAAAAUGUUAAUUGAUUUCAAGAUAAUAUAAAUUCUAAACUUUAGCUAUGUAUUAAUUAUGAAGUGUAUUUGUGAAUUUUUUGCAAUCAAAUGAAAAAAAAAACACUAAGUCCUAUUGAAAAUAUAUUUCAUGCGUUUUUGACUGCAAUAACCACUGCGAGUUAAAAAAAAAAAAUCAAAAUGCUAAAUGCUAAAUAGACGACGCUUUGUAAACUUUUUCCGCGCUAAAAGUAUGCUUUUUCAGCUAAUAUCGACCGCAAGCAGCAUAAAUUGUAGCAUAAGCAACGUUUAAAUAUAAGUUCAUGAGUGCGUAUGCGCCCUUUGCUUUGCACUUCAAUCGCUAUUUCAAUUGUUACAACUAGAAAAAUGUCAAUUUUUGGUGUUUUUGAAAAUGUGUGUAACUUGAAAAAUUUUAAAUUUUCAGCAAUUUAUAAAUUUUUGCACUCAAUCUGGGGAAAUAUAUGAAAAGUAUAUACUUUACAUUAAAAUAAGCUGUUUGUAUGGUAGCAAAUCGAGUUCCAAAUUUCAAAUUCUAGCGUAAACAAAAAAUAUAUAGUUUUAAAUUGAGGUUAUGUAUGUAACAGAAGGAUGCAUAGAGUUUAGCCGAAGAAGCAGAGCGCAGAAGAAAAAAAAAAUAAUGAAUAAAACAUUCUGUAAAACAACAUUUUUAUCUUAAUAUGUUAAAUGCACUGAAUAUAACAAUUUUGAUUACUUCUUUAAUUUUUUAAUUUAAUUUUCUGAAACAAGGUAUAUUUUUAUUAAAAGUAAACUUUUAUUUAUGUUAUAUAGCUUAUUUUGCAUCAGAAAUACAUAGAUUAUGGAAAGUUAAAUUUCGAGUCGAAAUUUAUGCAGAAGAAGCUACAUAUCGUCACCCUUAUGCCAGAAGCAUGAAUGUGCAAGUUUAUCAGUGUUGAGUUAUUGAGUUGACUUGAUUAACCUUUGGAUGUUCUAUGUUAUACCAAAACCCAGAAUACCAAGCGUACACGGAAACAACAUAUUUCUCGUAAAAAUAAAUUUACCCUUCAAUGUGAUUUUUUCAGUGCACUUUUAAAUCUGACUGUUGUUUAAACUAAUAUUAACCAAUCAAAUGUCCGCCGGCUAUUAAAUAUAAACGAAGUUUACGUGAUCCAAGUUUAUACUGGCACUGAAAAACUGGCCUUAACUGAGUAGGACAAUGCUGAGCAAAUCGAUUCGGAAUUUAAAUUUAAGCUGAUUGCUAUCCUGACAUUGCGACAUUAGCAUUUCAAUUUUAGUAAAAAUUCAGUGAUUUUAUUUUACAUGGUUCAAUACAUGUUAUUGAAUCCUGAUUUUAUUGAACUGUUAUUUUGUCAUAAAGAUCUUCAGUUUCAAUCGUUUCUUUUUCAAUAUUUGUUUUUUUUUUAAUUGUUGAGAUAGUAAACAUAUACAUACAUACAUAUAUAUAAACUUUUGCGAUAUAGAGAAGAUACAAAAAAUCCAAACAUAAUAAAAUAAAAAGUACCAUCAACG